CCAUCCGGUAAACAAACAGACAAGCUAACAUGGACCGGCUCCCUGCAAGACCGCCGUUAAAUGACAGUUUCCCUUCUCCGCCUUCAAGUUGGGCUCGUCCCCCUUACAGAGGCCAUCGAGAACCUUCUGCCCGGGGCUACCCUUCGUACUCACCGACCUCUCCCAGGUAUUCCCCUGGGUACAACCGUGGACACUGGGGCGGUCCUCAAGCAGGAUCCGGUUAUAGAGGACGGGGGUUCAGAGGGUCUCCGGUGUUCGGCAGCGGCGGUCGCGACUUCGGGGCACAUAGAAGAGGAAACCGUUUUGAGCGGCCGCAAAACUUCAGUCCAUCAGCUUCGAAGGACCAUUCUUCUGAUUCAGUGGAGAAAUACUUUAGUCCAUCCAUGUUGGAGGAUCCGUGGGCGGCGCUGCAGCCAAAAGAAUCCCAGACACCCAUCAACGACAAUCAAUGAACAGUAAUAAUAUCAGACAACAGGAAGUAGCUGGUAGGUUCCUGAUUAAUUCAGAAAUCAUUACAUUUGAUUGGUGGCUUUUACGCCACCAAUCAUAUCUCCUCCAGUAUGUGCAUGUUAAUGCACUGCAUUUAAGGGAUUUUAGGUACAAAGGCCUUAUUUGUGUAAAUACAAUGCCAGGAAGGACUAAGGCUGGCUCUGAUCAAUCCAAUCCAAUCAAUUUUGUACACAAUGUGCAGAAAUACCCAAGAUAAUGUAUAAAUGUAUACAUUGCCAAACCAUAACAGGAAGUAGCUAGAGUGCAAGAAUUCCCGUGUAUUGGAUAUUUGUAGACAUGGAGAUAAUACAUGUUUUUUGUAUAUGUUCAUACAUUGUGUUUUUCUCUUUCUGAUCAAUGCAAGAAUCAAUGAUUUUGAUAGGAUGUUUGUUCGUGAGGUGCAACAUAAUGAAGCUUUGUUUAUGUAAAUGCACGGUGAAUUCUGGAACUAUAAAUAUGUUUUUAUUUUUAAAAAGAAA